AUGCAGGAUAAUGAUUUGCCUUUAGGCUAUCCUAGAGCGAUCGUGAUUGACAAUGGAUCCCACACCAUUAGAGGAGGACUUUCGGGCGAAAAGACGCCGUCUGCUGUCUUUCCCCAAUAUACUCAUAAGCCUCAACUGACCUCCUUAUUCCUCAGUGCCUUCAUUGCUCAGGGCCAGAUUGAUUGGUAUGCCGGCGAGGAAGUAGACGAGUCACGGAUUGGAUUCUCAUCGCCCCGGAAUCCAGUUGAUAAUGGUAUUAUUACCAACGCGGAUGAUAUGGAGUUGCUCUGGAAACAUUUGUUCUACAAGAAGCUCAAAUGCGACACAGAGGGCUCCUCUAUUCUUCUAACCGAGCCCGCGCUGAACUCGAAGGGCAGUAGAGAGAGAGCAGUUAUUACAUUGUUCGAGUAUUUCAACAUUGGAGCACUGAAUCUUUCCACACAGGAAUCUCUUGCAUUGUAUGCAUCCGGUCGAAAUACUGGCCUGGUGGUUGACUCUGGCUUAUAUUCUACACGUGUCAUCCCUAUCUAUGAAGGCCUCGUGCUCCGCCACGGAAUUCAGCGCUUGGAUAUAGGUGGCCAACAAGUAACGGGCUAUUUCAUCCAAACCCUGCAGGACAGCGGUCAUGGUUUGGAGACAAGGCGGGAACGUACUUUAGCUGCAAAUCUCAAGGAAGAGUAUUGUUAUGUUGCGCAAGACUUCGAAGGAGAAGCUCGGGCGUUUCAGGAAGGCCACAAUCUACCGACAGCAACAAGUUACACGCUGGCGGAUGGAAAAGCCAUCACGGUUGGGAAAGAAAGGUUACUUGCACCUGAAGUUCUCUUCCAGCCCCAUCUGAUGGGACUCAAUGGGGAGGCUGGAAUCCAGCACCUUGCUGCUGCCUCGAUAGCAAAGUCCGACGUGUCCAUCAAGGACAUUCUCUAUGGAAACAUCGUCCUGGCGGGUGGGUCAAGCAUGUUUCCUGGAAUUGAGAGCCGGAUGCAGGCUGAGAUGACAAGACUGGUCCCUUCACCAGCGAGAGUCGGCGUUCAUGCCCCAGCGGAAAGGAAGCAUUCGGCGUGGAUCGGAGGUGCAAUGCUGUCGUCCCUGUCAACGUUCCAGGGCAUGUGCAUCCUGGCAGCGGACUACAAUGAGAUUGGUCCUAGUAUCGUACACCGGCGUUUUCUGUAA